AAAUCAACGCUAAUAGUGUUAUCCCACCGACUUACUGCAUCCCUUCCUGAGGAGCCCCUGUUGGGACCAGUCGUCGAUCUUCAAUUCGGUGAUACCGUCCGAGUCGCGCCGUGUGUCACAACCUUGGCCUGACGUUGUCGUAUAUAAAGGCGUGCGGACUGUUUCAUUCACUCGAAGCCAUUCUUUCGAUCCUCCAUGUCUUCCAUCGACGGUCCAGCCCUCCCGCCAGAAAUCAUUGAUGCUAUCAUCGACCAGGUGCAUCUCAUCGGUCCUGUUUCACGUGUAAAGGACCAGGAAAGAUAUCACAAACGGAGGGAGACUCUGGGAGCCUGCUCUCUAGCGUCUCGGUCUUGGCUUACCCGUAGCCGCUUCUACCUCUUCGAGACCGUCUUCCUCCCCCCAAAUGAUGUCUCCCGAUGCAGCGCAUUUGCUGCCAUGCUGGCCCACCCACUCUGCACCUUCACUUCCUACGUUCGAACUCUCAUUAUCCGCGAAGCGCACAGUCUAAGUGGCCUGGGCACGUUGUGGCUCAACGAUGCUUUACCCCAUCUCUCACUCCUCACUCACGUCAGAACGCUCUCAAUCACCGGCGCACGUUUCGAUAGAAUGCGCUCGGACACUUGGUCCGAGUCGGGCAUCUCGUUCUUCGCGAAAAUGGGCAUGAAGCGGCUCCAGCUCUUGUCGUGCCAAUUCCGAACCCCCGAUCAGUGCCUGGAUGCGUUGUCCGUGUGUGGUCACCUCGAGGAACUCACCCUGCGCCGCACCGCGCUGGAUAUGGACUUGCUUUUAGGGAUGCAUAUCCUUUUGGGCCCCCCACCUGUACCUCCGCCCCGCCUUACCAAGCUCAGACUUGAUAGUCACCGCUUGGGGAACUAUGACGCUGUCCUGAGGUGGUUGGCAUCGACCCCGAUUAUAACGCACCUCAUUCUUGAACGUAUCACUGACACAGAAACGCUCGCCGUUGCGGAUUUCGUGGAGAAACUAGGUCCUUCCCUUGAGGUCCUUGAUUUAAAUGUCGUUGAUGUCAAUGAAGAGACGGCUACGCAGGAUGCCUUCUGUCGAUACGUUGACCUGAGCCACAAUACACGUCUGCGUUCCCUCGCGUUUGAUCAGCUCAUUCUAGCCGAGCCUUACCAGGCCCGCCUCACCGCAGCAAAACAUAUACCACAAGUUAUCGACAGGGUAUCCUCCGAGAUCAAAGAACUCAUCCUCCGAGUGCAGAUUAACAGCACAGACGACCUUGAUCUUAUUGAUUGGGACAUCAUCGUCUACACCAUCAAUUCCAAGCGCAAUUGGGGAUCUUUGGAGAGCAUCGUGGUUUCCGGUCCUAGGAAAGAGAUUCUGGAAGAGUCAGAACAUUGGAUGAAGAAGAGGCUGCAGGGUCUGAAAGGAAAUGUCAAUGUAACGUGCACCCUUCUCCCUACGGUUAUGGUAGGAGCACCAGCGUUCGUCUGGGAGUCGCCGCAGCUGAUGCUCUUGCGUUUUCCCUAGGUCAUGGCGGCGUAGAUUAUGCCCGUUAUGUAUUAUAGACACGAAUAUAACAAUGCGGAUUGAUAC